UUGCAGACUGAUUUAGUUUUUUCAGGUUUUUCACCAGGAGAAUUUCCCUACUGGGACAGUAACAAAGUGAUACCGAUACUGAAGGAUUCGGUGCUUUUUGGUCUCACUCCUCAUCAGAGCGGCCCCAGCGAACAGCCUUCCUGCACGAAGCAGAUCUGCAUUUUUUUUUUGUUUCGUGCUGGAGUCUGUCUUGUGCUUCUGAAACCAAACCCACAUCAAAGCUGACAUCAUUUCAUGAGCUCAUGAAGGUGCGCUUGUACAGCAACAGGCAAACACAAAACAUCGGCUUUUAAGGUUUUACUUUAUCACAGAAGCCCAAAAAAAAGGAGAAAGAUUUCUUUCUGUCUUCAUCUUUUGAAGAUGGAGGGCUUUGCUGAUCUUCUCACUGAUGCGUUUUCAGAGAGUUCGGUUCCGUCGUUUUCCACGGGAGAUUUGGACUUUGAGAAUUUGUAUUUCGAUGAGAAGAGAGAGGAAGAGCAGACAGAAAGCCUGAUGACGGAGGCAGACGAGGACCAGCUUCAGGAAGCGUCUGCAGAAGGUGCAGCUUUGUCGGAGGGGCCCAGUGCAGACGCACUGAUCACAGAUGAGAAUACUGACGAAGACAGUAGUGAUGAAGAGGAUUUUACAGGGGACGGUUUUAGGAGCAGAACCCCAGAGGAUGACUCCACAAGCUCUAAUGAAGAAGAAGAUGAAGAGGAGGAGGCUGAAAGAGAUGAAGAGGAAGGCGAGGCGCUGAUAGUGAUAAGCAGCAGUGGUGAUGUCCUUGAGUCCAGAAAGGAGGGUGGCAUCCUUGAUGAUGAAGACUCGGAGGUACUGGAGGAUGAAAUUCAAGUUAUACAAGCAGAGGUGGACAGUGGUGAAGAGGAGGCCACUGGAAAUGAGAAGAUAGUGGAAAGUGUCGAGAGUGAGGAUGAAGAAGAAGGAGAGGAAGACUCCUCUGAAUCCGAGUAUGAAGGCAGGAACACUGAAGAAGAGAACGUUCUCUCAGAGGAGGCAGGAAAUCCCGACACCAUUGAUCCAGCAGACUCCUGUUUGGAGUUCCCCUCCAUUUCUUUCCAGAAUCUGCAGGAUCUCAUCUCUGAAGUGGACGGUGAGGCUUAUAAAGAGAAAAUGACCGACUUCACAGGCGAGGAGCACCAGGAGGCCGGUGAGAGCUUUGCCGAUUAUCCCUCGGACUUUUCCCCAGGCGAAUACGGCAGAAAUCCUGUCGAGGCACAGCACGCCUCGCCUCAUCCCAGGGAAGGAGAAUGCCUGGAAAGAGCCGGGACUGAAGGCCACGGGUCCGAGGAGGCCGGUUCUGGAAAGGAGGAAGAUUUCUUGUUCACAACGGAGAUGAAUGCCGGUAAGAUGACAAGACCGGAUGAGGCCGGGGGAGAAGAGGAUGAGAGGAAACUGGAGCAUUUGUUGAGUGCGGCACGCUUUGAUGAUGAAGGGAAGACAAGUGAGAGCGACUCCUACAGCUCCAGCGACGACGAAGAGCCACUGAGAAGAUCCAGUGAUGUCUUUUCGGAUAAGUCAAGAACCCAAUAUCUUGACGAAGACACAGAACUGGAGGACGGCAGCGUCUCCAACGGCCACAACACCAAACACGGCAAAUAUGACUUCUUCAGCUCAGGGUCAGAUGUGUUAGAAACCAGCAACUUUCUGAGAGAAAACCUCCUAAGUGCAGAGGACACGGAUGGGACUGAUUCGCCUCCUUCGGACAUAAAUCAGUGUCCAGAGGAAGGCGUUAAUAGCUACUCCAUGGUGCAGAGAGAAGAGACAAAAACAGCAAGUCCAAGCACCCAAGGAUCCAUCGACGACUGCUUCUUCUUUACCCAUGAACCCGACAACUUCCCUGUGGAAGGGCAGCAGGAGGAGGAGGAGGAGGAAGAGGAGGAGGAGGAGGAGGAGGAUGAAUACGAAGAGAGGAGGAACUUUGAACAGAUGAAGCAGAGGAUCGAAGCGUUCCAGAGGUUUUACGACAACAACAGCGACGACGAGAACGGACGAGAAGAGAGGCAGAUAAAAGUUCAGUUUUGUGUGGACCCUCUAUCCCAGGUUAACUAUUACGACACUGACAGCAGUGACAGAGACUCCCUGAGCAGCUCCUCGGACAGGGAGGAGGACCCGAGCUCUGCAGAGCAACCUAACGAACCAAAGGAGCCUGAAGAAGAACCUGAAGAAAAACCUGAAGAAGAACCUGAAGAAGAGCCUGAAGAAGUGCUUGAAGAAGAGCUUGAAGAAGAGCCUGAAGAAGAGCCUGAAGAAGAGCCUGAAGAAGAGCUGAAUGUAAAAGCGGUGUGUGAUCCUCCAGUCGUCCAGCAGCAUCAGAGCCCGGCAGACAUCAUUAACACAGAAAGCUGCACCAAGACACACAAGACUCUCAGCACUCUGAAGCUGAUCGCCACGUUGGGUGCGGUGACGGGAGUCCUGAUGUUCUGCCUGACUACAGACCAACACGAGUGGCUCAGACAGCUCUUCUUUUUGUAGACGUGCAGCUCAUUUUGGUUAUGAUGCUUUACUUUUAUUGUCCUAAUAAGAGAAAACCUGUUUCAUAAAGGUUGGAGGUAAAAAAAACAAGCUCUGUACAUAUCUGCAUUCUUACUUAUUACUGUUUGAGAAGGUGAUGGGGACCUUUUCUUUGAAAAUACACAACAAAUGUAAAACAUCUAAAAACAUGCUUAAAGAGAUACAAUUGGUCACUAGAUUGAACAAUAAAACAACUCAGUGUAAGCUUUUACCCAGACAGUUUUGUAAAUAAAUAAUGAAAGGUCUUUUAAUG